AUGUUCUCCUCUUCUGCACCACCUGACCUCAGCCUGAAGACCCUGGGAGACGUCUCAAGAGAUGGCAAAAUCAGGAGGAGAUCAAGGUAUGAGGAGAGCUGGUUCCUGCUUCAUAAAAGGACUAAGGACUGUGCCCGGGCAGCAGAGGCAGUAGACGGUGACAUCGUGAUGCUGUCUGCUCACUGGGAGAGGAGGAGAGCGGCUCUCACUCAGCUCCAGGAGCAGCUGCACAGCCUGCCCAGCUUUGUCAGUGAACUGGAUGUCAUCACUGCUAACAUAGCUCAUCUGGAGGGGGACUUUGAGGAGAUGGAAAGCAGACUGGUGUACCUGGAAACCCUGUGUUCUCAGUGUGAACAGCAGUCUCUCAAAAAGCAGCAUAUCAGCCAGCUAGAAGCCUACAAGAAGAGGAGAAGGUGGGAUAAGUUCACCACGAAGGAGGUGGAGUCUCUAGAAGUGGAGCUAAAUACGGAGCAUGCUCAGAGGAUGGCAGAACUGGAGCAGGCUGUGCAACAAAAACUGAGAGAACGACAGAAGGUCUAUGAGGAAGCAUUCUACCAAGACAUGGAGCAGUAUCUAUCCACCGGGUGCCUGCAGCACAGAGGGUCAGCAGGACCUGAUGUGGCUCUUUUGGAUCAGAUGACCAUCACCAACAUAUCAGACCAGGAAGCUUUGGAUGACUUCUUGAAUUCCACUGGAGAUGAUGUCAGCACUGGAUCUUCACUGACCUCAGGGCCAGACCUGGAAUCCUGCUCUUCUGAAUCACUGGAGCAGGCCCCUCUGACCACCCCAGAACGAGCAGACCAGGGAGCAGCGUGGCAGCAGGAGGAGGAGGGCGAGGAGCAGCUGGUGCAGCCGGACGAGGAGGACGUGCAGGCCGACACCUCUCUGGUCGGCCUGCAGGACAUGGGUCAAGUGUGGGGCUCUGACGAGAGCGACGAGAGCGGUGCCCCGCUGAAGACGUGA